UUUUGAAGUAUUGCUUCUAGAAAUCUGUUGAUUCAAAAUUCGAGACACACACAAAAUAUUGAGAGAGGUUAGGUUAGAAAUUAUUGCCGAUGAUCGCGCGACGCAUGUGGUGUACACGUUCAGGUCUGUAGCCACUGUUCUAGGACUUUAUUCAUUUGUGCUGUCCAAGAGAAGCAUCAAUGCUCAGAGAUAUGAGAUUAUGAAAGCUAGACAACGAUUGCGCAACGUCAAUACUGUAGAAUAAUUUAUUAAGAAGUAAAAUUUUUAAGCAAAGAAAGCAUAAUUAUAGAGUACCAAGUUGGAAAAAUGGCAGCAUUACCGCAAUUAGACGAGGAUAAAAUGAAGCUAGUGCAGGAUUUAGAAAUAGAAAUGAUGUCAGACAUGUAUAAUCGCAUGACAUCUGCAUGUCACAGAAAGUGUAUAGCACCGAAAUAUACCGAGGCUGAACUAGGCAAAGGAGAAUCAAUAUGUCUAGAUCGUUGCAUUGCUAAAUAUUUAGACGUUCAUGAACGUAUAGGCAAGAAACUUACACAAAUUUCAAUGCAAGAAGCAAAAAUUGCGGAACAACCAAAAACAAGUUGAAUCUAU